UUUAAACAACUACAGGAAGACACCAUUAACAGUCACAUGACCGGAUCUCACAGGUUACUAAGAUUGAAUUUCAAUGUUUGAGUUAACAACGAAAGAAGUUAUAAGUAGCUUUACAAAUGGCUUCCAAAAUGGAGAAUUCAAUUAACAGAGGAUCAGACUUGUUCUUUGACUUUGCUUGUUUCCCCUGUCAGGAAAAUGACAGAAACAUUGAGGCUGAUGUUUACUGUGAGGAAUGUUCUAAAUUGUACUGUAACAAAUGUGUGGAGUAUCAUAACUUGCUUUACAAGAAGCAUGCAAUUGUGAGCAAGAAACAAAUCAGCAAAUGGCCUGAGACUAAUGUGGGUGAACAAGAACAAUGUCAGGAGCACAAGAAAGAAAAACUGACAAUAUACUGUGAGGACCACAGUCAGCUGAUAUGUCAAGUCUGCCAUCUCCACAAUCAUAAGAAAUGCAGUAAUGUGAUACUCAUAGCUGACAAAGUGAAAGACCUUCUUCAAAAAGGAGACUUCAAGCAGUUGUCAGAAACUGUUGAGUCACAACACCGGCAGUUGAUACAAAUAAAAAAUGACUUUGAGGAAAACAUGAAGUCUCUUGAGAAAUCUUACAAGAAAAUUCUAAAUUAAAUUGAUGCGUCAAGAAAGAAAAUUAAUGAUUUUUUGGAUCAACUUGAGAGGAAUACUAAGCAGGCAUUGGAUACAUUGCUGGCCACCAUGAGGACAUCUAUUCAGACUGACAUCGAAAACUGCACUAGGUCUAUUGAAAAUAUAACAUGCUUAAAAGAAGAUUGGCCUGGAAGAAAAGACAAAAGUGAAGUAUUGACUUGUAUCAAGUACAGAAAAUGCCAUGAACAGUCCCUCAAGACAAAAGCAGUUUUACAAGCCAUGACAACAAAGAAUGAGAUGACACUAUUCUUUAAUCCUGAUACAACCAUUCUACAAACCCUGUCCAAUCUCUCAGGGUUGGGACAGAUACACAGCAAAGGAAAACGAUUACAAACUACUAAAAGCACAACACAAAACACAGAAAUCAGACAAAAAACAGUAUACAGCCAACAACAACUGUCAAGUGAUGUUAAACAACAAUCAGUGAUAUGUCAUCCAAACCAAGUUAUAAGAGUGAAGAGUAGCCAAAAGUAUACAGUGAACAUGAAGAAUGAUUCUGAGACAUGCUUUAUAUUAGGUAUCUGUGAGACAGCUACUGGGGAACUCCUCAUCAUAGACGGGAAGAACUGUAAAGUGAAGCUGCUUGAUCAGACCUACAAGGUGGUGGACCACUAUGACAUCAAACCAAUAGAUAUGUGCAGUAUUGAUUCCAGUCUGGUGGCUAUUACUGUGAAUGGUGGCUGCGAAGUCCACUUCCUUCAAGUGACUAAUGGUCAGUUAAUAUGGGACAGGAAACUGGAGCUCCAACAUUACUGCUUGGGUAUUGCCCAUCAUCAGGGUAACCUGUACAUUACAGAUGGUAAAGCUCUGUAUCACUACACUGUAGAUGGGAGACUGGUGAGCAAGAUGUAUGAAGAUACAUCAGCUAUAAUGACAGUUACCAGCUGUGCAUUGAGCCCAGAUGGAGCCAGGAUAUAUGUAGCCAAUGUGACCAGUAUGCAGCUGGUAACACUGUCCAGGGAGGGCAAAGUGAUCUCAACACUCACUGAUCCUGCACUGUACUGGAAAGAAGUCAUACAUGAACUUUUAUUUCUUGUGUGUGGUAUCUAUGAAUACAUUCCUGUUAUCCAUGUAACAGACUUGGGACAGGUUCUGGUAUGCGGAAACUCCACUAUCAUCCAGGUGGACAAAGAUGGGAGACAGAGACUUGCAGAGGUGGUCACAGCCAGGGAUGGAGUGACUUCCUCAAAAUCAGUCUACUACAGUAAGCACAGAAGCGCACUCAUUGUGGGAAUGGUGAAGGAUGAUGACAUUAUGGUGUUUCAGACACUUUGACUAUUAAGUAAGAUUGCAGUCAUGUAUAAUAGUUUACAUAUUCAUGUAAACAGUUUCAUAUAAAACUGUGUUACAGUUGUGUAUACAUCGGACACAUUCAAUAUACCUUGUAUCACAGAGGAUGAUGGCCCCGAAGUCCUCUCUGUGACGUAUGACCCGCCCAAUGGCCUGAUUGACAGCUCUGGAGGCUUGCUGCUUGUACCAUUCCUUCCCAGCCAGGCUCUGAAUGCAAGGAAGGAGGGUCAUGAUGUCUUUAAUAGCAUAUCAUCAAGCAGUCUUUAAGUUUGUCUUACAGUGAAAUGUAGAAGAUUUGUGUGCUUAAAUGCGAGAAAUAUAUUCCUUUUUUUUUAUUAUUGAAUGAUUUGAUACUAAAUUUCCAUCCAAGUGUUUACAUAGUACCCUGAUCUUUGGACAUCCCUAAGAUCAAAUUAUCUCAACCCAAUAAUUACGG